GGGCUAUUACUUUUGUAUUUGGUGCACGCUUUGCUUAUAAAAGCUUUGAAUCAAUUUUUGGAAAUAAUAGUGAUGUUUAAGAGGUUUCAGAAAAAGAAUCAUGCUUCUUUUGUAAACUAGUUCAGCUUAUGAUACCAAAACAAGACAGAAGGUGGCAGUAAAAAAGCUCUCAAGACCUUUUCAAUCACUUAUUCACGCGAGGAGGACCUACCGAGAGCUUAGGUUGCUUAAGCACAUGAAGCAUGAGAAUGUUAUAGGAUUGCUAGACGUUUUUACACCUGCAACAUCAAUAGAAAAUUUCAAUGAAGUGUAUCUUGUGACAAAUUUAAUGGGUGCUGACCUGAAUAACAUUGUGAAGUGCCAGAAGUUAACGGAUGACCAUAUACAGUUUCUCAUCUAUCAGUUACUUCGAGGUCUUAAGUAUAUUCACUCAGCUGGAAUCAUCCACCGGGACCUGAAGCCCGGUAACCUAGCUGUAAAUGAAGACUGUGAACUGAGGAUUUUAGACUUUGGUUUAGCUCGACAAACUGACGAUGAAAUGACCGGAUACGUUGCGACAAGAUGGUACAGAGCUCCAGAAAUUAUGUUAAACUGGAUGCACUACAAUCAAACAGUUGACAUCUGGUCGGUUGGAUGCAUCAUGGCAGAGCUAUUAAAAGGGAAGGCUUUAUUUCCAGGAAAUGAUUAUAUCGAUCAACUAAAGAGAAUAAUGGAAGUUGUGGGCACACCCAGUUCUGAACUUCUGAAGAAGAUAUCAUCAGAACAUGCAAGAAAAUUCAUUGAAUCUCUUCCACAUAUGCCUCAACAGGAUUUGAAGGCGGUAUUUUGUGGUGCCAAUCCAUUAGCUGUAGAUCUUCUUGAGAAGAUGCUUAUAUUAGACAGCGAUAAAAGAAUCACCGCCUCGGAAGCCCUUGCCCAUCCAUACUUUGUACAGUAUCACGAUCCGGACGAUGAGCCUGAGGCCGAGCUGUACGACGAGUCCAUAGAGAAUAAGGAGCGAACCAUAGAUGAGUGGAAAGAACUUACCUAUGGAGAAGUGAUUAGCUUUAAACCCCCUGACUUAAAAAUGGAUAGCCUGGAGAUAGAACAGUGAAUACCAGCAGCUCUCUCUCGCCUUGCUGCACUAUGAAGACUGUUAAAAUAUAAUCAUUCUAUUUAACCUGUGGUCAGACGUAGAUUUUUACUAUCCAAAGACGUUGGAGAAGAUGUGGAAAAGCAGAUGCAUUAUACAGAAGCCAGACGUUGUCUGUUUGGGGUGGGUUGUUGUUUUUUUUGCCUUGUAAUAUGAAUGUAUUCCCGACUCACAAAGGGUGAUAAAGAACUGCUUUGUUCUGACAAAAUUAUGCACUGAGUUCUGUCGAGCUGUGUGUUCUGCAUGUUUCAUUUUAUCAGUUGUAUUGCCAAAAUAAAGGUGACUUUUAAAAUUAAUUUUAAAAUUGUACAUUUAAAGCAUGAAUGUAUGCAAACACAAACAUAGAAAUCAGUACAAGCAAUCCAUUUAUUUUUUUCUGGCAUUUUAUCUGUCCGUUUUCAUAUUAUUUAUAGUUAGUGCCUUUAUGAUGAGAGGGCGUGUAGUGAGAUAGACAGAAUAUGCAUACGUAGUCAUAUCUGUGGUGGUCUUACAGAUUUACUGGAUGUCUCUCAAGCGAUCUCAACACCAGUUGAAAGUCAAUAAAAAUAAAUCUUUGUCUUCUGUUGCCAUUCAAGUGUCUGUUCUCAUUAUUUUCCCCAUGUAUGUUGUUUUAAUCUGCACAAUACCCAUUUGUGAGACCAUUUUACUGGCUGAUGGUGCUCCUGACCAUGCUGUCAGUGGAGCGCUGCUGAAUUUGCCCAAGUUGACAGGAAGGUGGCCCGAAGGCCCUGCGGCAGAUCUCUGCCAUCUUCUGCAAGCUUCAGCAAAGGCUGGCACUGGCGCCAGUGCAAGAGUGCUCAGUUCAGCUCACAAUUCCUCAUUCUUUUAUUUUCCUUCACAUAGUCCUUGGGAAAAUAAUCUAAUAAUUGCCAUUGGAAGACAGGGCAAAACUAGAUGAUUUAAGAAUUUCUUUGUGGAAAACAAAAUAUCCAUCUCAUCAGAGUUUCCUUUUAAGCAAAAUUUUAAAGGCUUUCCAGCUCUGAAAAGCCGGAAAAUUAAAUAAUAAAUUGUUGGAUAUGUUGGAUACCAAGAAUGUCUUAAAGAAUUAAAUUUAUCCGAUUUCCCCAUUGAAGGCAUAAUACUGAAACAGGAAUAUCCUUUGGCAGGAGCCCCCUUUGGUGUACUGGCUGUGUCUUAUGAUUAUGAUUCAUGGUUGUUCAGUGUUGUUCAUUUUUGUGUCUCUUUCUCACCCUGUCAGAGUUUUAUCUUGGAGAUGGCUUUUUAUAUCAUUUAGGUUUUCUGCAACCUUUGACAUUAAGAUUCAGUUGUACAGCUAUUACAUGAGGUAAUGAACUCUACUGCAUUUAUUUACCCUCCUCUGUAUCUUUUCUAUGUAAAAGAAAAGCUUUUUCUUAAUAAACAGAUUUUAAAAAA